GCCCUUACCGGCCCAAUUCAGCUUCCAAAUGAAGUUGAUUCGAACAAAUUCAAUGAGGAACGGUUAAUGGAAAUGAAAACCAUGCUGCGGACCUUGGCCAACUGUGAAAAACAAACCAAGUUAAUGCACCAAUCACUGCCACUGCACAUGCGGCGUCGUGCCAUGACCUACAACCCAAAACGACUACCUCGAAAAUUCCGCGCUAUUCACUUAGCUCAAUUCAAUAAAAGUGGUUUACCGGAGAAAAAGAAACGACCAUCGCGGAAAUACCGGAGAAAGGCGAAUGUUCUGUCGAAAGAGUAUGAGCGUCGCAAAAGGACAAACGUUUGGCUAGAGACACACAUUUGGCACGCCAAACGUUUUCAUAUGUUAUCUAAAUGGGGUUACAAAAUACCGUACACGGCAACCGCGAAAAACUACCGGGCUUGCUAUAGGGCAACUUCCAACCAUUGUUUACUGCAGGACAUUUCUUACUAUGGUUGCGUCGAAAUUCAGGGCGAAGAAUCGCUGCUAAAGGAUAGAUUAAAACAAUUCUGCAGCGAGAAAAUAGGACUGACGAUAGCUGCAAAAGCAUUCCUUGCCGGUAAAAGAUCGGGUUAUGUUUGGUUCUAUGAAAGGAAUCAAUAUCCUUUCCAGUGCAUGGGUAAAGUGAGAUUCGUAUGGAAAGCCAACGAGAGUGAAGAUAAAAGGACACUAUGGAUAUUUUCUCAUCCUAUUAAUUACCGCAGGCUAGUGGAAAGCCUAAUUGAUGCGUUUGAUCUUAAAAGUUCGCAAACCAUGGAUGUACAUGGAAAUGAGUCUAAUGUGGAUAAUGUAACCAAUAAAAGGAUUAUAAGAAUCCCAAAAUACGAGAAUAGUUCACUUGGAGUUGUUGUCUUAGAGUUAAAAGACACGCUUAAUUGUUUCCGACUGACAGGCCCGCUUUCUCAUGUCACGUUAAGCAAUGCGCUUAAAGUAUGUCAAAUAUCAGAUUCUACUAAAUCUAGCACCUGGUUUUCUGAUUGGGUGCAAUGUUCCAAUAAUAAAGAAAUUAUUUCUAAACACUUUGCCUAUUGGGAUAAAGUUAAAAAUAUAACUUCUAGUGGUGAGUUAAGUCCGGGUACUGUUAUCGGUUUAAUAGUCGAAGAUCCUCGCCUAAAUCGACCCAACAAACGAACAAAGGCGCUUCCAUCUACAUCUGUGGCAUCCCAAUUUUCGCAUCCUUACUGUACCGUGCAAACUGCGUGUUCGCCUUUAUGGGAUAUGGAGAUUCGAGACAAAAUAGCCGAAGAAAUGCAAACAAUGCACGAACUGAAUCAACUUAGAGAGCGUCAUUGUUUAGUUCCUGGCGAGCGAUGUGCCUUUGAAGAAAAUAUCCAACCGAUUCCCAUAUUGUUAUUGCAAAAUCCUGGUUCACAAGAUGGUGAGUUCAAACGGCUUGGCUACGGAGCAGGUUGGGACCUCAUAGCUCCAGCUGGUUAUGGUCUCGCUAUAUGGCAAACGUUGAUUCUUUGGGGUGCAAAACCUGCUGGUUUGAAAGAAUUUGAUAUGCAAGCGUUAGAAACUGGAACAGAUACCAGCAGGGUACCAGAUACAGUUCUAGGACGGAGCGAGGCCGAUUUGGAAUAUAAUAAAAAAUUAGAUAAGUAUUUUUCUCGCCCACAUAAUUGUCGGGUGAAUUACAAAAAGCUAGCUAUUGCUUCUCCCUUUCAGUGCCACUGGUCCCAGCUGAUAUCGGAAUGGACUACUACUAAAAAUGUUAAUUUUUAUAUUUUGCGCGAUCAGGAGAGUCUGAAUAAAAUUCAGCUUUCUCUGAGUAGAAAAUACAAUAUCAAAUCAGCAAAUUUGCCAUCUAAUUGUUUGGUACCCGUGUUUUUAACCGUCAAAGCACGUGGUAAUCCUGGCGACAAUGCGCUUAUUUGCUUGCCCCACAGACAAGACUUCAGGCAAAAUAAGAACCAAAAACAAGUCAACGACAAUAGUCCUGUUUUUGUAGAACCUCUUCGGAAAGAUCCCGUUCAAAAAGAACGACAACAGCUUCGCAAAAUACACCUACGCCAGCUAAAGCGACUACGAAAUCGCAGGAUACGCGAGAAAAAAAUCCGCCAAAGGAAACAACCAGGAACCUUAGUUCGAAUAGCAAAACCUCAGAACCGCAACCUCAUCCAGCAACAACUCGCCAAAAUGAAAGAACUUUGGUUACCGUCCGUUCCAGCCUCAAUCCGAAACCAGUGCAGUCGCGAGUGCAUAGGCUAUGUCACCCAGUCUAGUUUCAGUUUAACUGAAGGAAAGGUAACUGCCGUUGGUUAUAUAGGCUCUCGAGGACUCGAGAAAUUGUUCAAAGUUUGCACGAAGGGUUCGUUUAAGGUGCUCAUUCGUGGCACUAAAACCAGAUGCUACCGAUUUGCAACUUUGAAGGUUAGAUUAGAAUUAUAA